AUGUCUCUCUUCAUCUCGCAAACGCGGGUCUUCCUCGCAGCCACGGCUCUGCGGCUCAUCCUCCUCGUCUACGGGGGGUGGCAGGAUGCUCAUUCGGCCGUGAAAUACACGGAUAUCGAUUAUAUGGUUUUCACCGAUGCCGCGCGAUACGUGGCGAAGGGUCAAUCGCCUUAUGAUCGUGAUACGUACCGCUAUACGCCGCUCUUGGCGUGGAUGCUUGUUCCUACUGCGUGGGAAGGUGCUGCGCCUUGGUCUACGCUGACUUUUGCUUUUGGUAAGGCGCUCUUUGCUUUGUCAGAUGUGCUAGCUGGGUGGCUUGUUGUCAAGUUGCUUGUGCGGUGUUAUCGGUUCCCUGUUGAGCGUGCUUUGCGGUAUGUUGCUGCUGUUUGGUUGUGGAAUCCUAUGGUUGCCAAUAUUAGUACGCGUGGUAGCUCCGAGGGGCUACUGGGUGUGCUUGUUGCUGCGUUGCUUUGGGCGACGCUUACGAGAAAGCCGAUUGUCGCUGGUUUGAUCUUGGGUCUGGCUGUUCAUUUCAAGAUUUAUCCUUUCAUCUAUGGUGUUUCUAUUUUGUGGUGGUGGGACGCUGAGCGUGAUGGGUCUGCAUCUGCGAACUCAAAUCUCGUUUCGCGGGUCAUUGGAUUCAUCACGCCGUCUCGUGUGAAGCUCACGCUUGCGGCAUUGGCCAGUUUCGUGGCCUUGAACGUGGUCAUGUAUGUUCAGUAUGGCACGCCGUUCCUGCAACACACCUUCUUCCACCAUCUUACCCGCAUCGAUCACCGUCACAACUUUUCUCCAUACAGCACCUUGCUAUACCUGUCUGCGGCAGGUGGAGCGGAGACUCACUUUGAGGCUUUGGCAUUCAUCCCACAGCUGGUCCUUGUGGUCAUUGCCCUCCCACUUGUCCUGGCAAAGAAGAGUUUGACCACUGCGAUGCUUGCGCAGACUUUCACUUUUGUGACUUUCAACAAAGUGUGUACUAGCCAGUACUUCCUAUGGUACCUCAUUCUACUGCCAUUCUACCUUCCUUCUUCAACUCUUAUCCAGAAGCCGGCUCUGGGAUUCACAGCUGCUAUUCUCUGGGUCCUUGGACAGGCUCUCUGGCUAUCACAGGGGUACAACCUUGAGUUUCUAGGCCUCCCAGAAUUCGUGCCUGGGCUCUUCCUUGCAGGACUGUUCUUCUUUGCAGUGAAUGUCUGGAUCCUGGGCAUCAUUGUCCGAGACGGAGGAGAGGGUGCGGGUGAGAUCGAAGGUGAAAGUGAAGAUCGCAAACUACGCUGA